AUGGACUCUGGCAUUCAGGCCAGGAAAGACUCGUCCGUCCAGGCAGCCGAGUUCGAGAUAGCACCAUUAUUGAAAGUCGAGCUAGCACACGAGAUGGAAAAGCUAGACCAAUUGUUCUGGAUCGACCAGCAGAAGUUGAAAGAUAUCAGCAGACAGUUCGAAAUAGAACUCGACCGGGGCCUUAGGGAGAACGAUCAGAACAUUGUACGUUGUCCAAGAUCUGCCAACACUUACAGACUGACUCGCCACAGNCCAAUGAAUAUCACCUGGGUUCUAGGUCAACCACAUGGCGACGAGAAGGGCUCGUUCCUCACGGUAGAUCUUGGAGGAACAGAUCUUCGUGUCUGCUGGAUCACACUACCAGGAGCACGCGGUCAACCCAGCAUAAUCCAAGAAAAAUAUCAGCUCUCCAAGGAAGUCAAGACAGGCACCGCGGACCAGCUAUGGGACGAAAUAGCCGACCGAAUGCAAACCUUCAUUCAGGAACAGAAGCUCGACGAAACAGCUACUCAGCCUCUACCGCUUGGCUUCACCUUCUCCUACCCGGCUAUGCAAGACUUCAUCGAUCACGGCGUACUACAGACCUGGACCAAAGGCUGGGAUGUCCAAGGUGUUGAAGGUGAGGACGUGACAUUGCAACUCCGUAAAGCAAUGGAGAAGAGGAAGCUUCCUGUUAAGCUUGUCGCAUUGAUCAACGAUACGACAGGCGCCAUGAUCGCGUCUGCAUACCACGAUCCUGAGACUGUCGUUGGUGCCAUCUUCGGAACAGGCUGCAAUGCUGCGUACAUGGAGGACAGCGACUCAGUCCCCAAGAUUGCAGGACGACUUCCACCCGCAUGUCCCGUGGCUAUCAACUGCGAAUACGGAGCCUUCGAUAAUAGCCACACCGUGCUCCCAAUGACCAAGUACGACCACCUCAUCGACAAAGAAUCGCCUCGACCCGGCGAGCAAGCCUUUGAAAAGAUGAGCGCAGGCCUCUACCUCGGUGAGAUCUUCCGCCUCGCACUCGUAGAUCUAGCAAAACGACACCAGAUUUUCAAGGACCAGGACAUCUCAAGAUUGGACAAGUCAUACAUCCUUGACACUGGCUUCCUCUGUGCAAUCGAAGACGAUCAAUCUCCUCGCCUCGAAAACACAGCUACAUCCUUCGAAGCCCACACCGGAAUCAAAGUCAAUGAACAAGAACGUCAGCUGUGUCGCCGCUUGGCAGAAAUCAUCGCUAUUCGCGGAGCACGUCUUUGUGCUUGUGGUAUCGCAGCCAUUUGCAGCAAAAAGAACAUCAAGCAUGGCCAUGUUGCAGCCGAUGGCUCGGUUGCAAACAAGCAUCCCAAAUUCAAGCGACGAUGGGCCGAUGCGUUGGCUGAAAUAUUGGAUUGGCCAGAGGGAAGGGCGGAGGAUCCGAUUGUGUUGACUCCUGCAGAAGAUGGUUCAGGUAUUGGUGCUGCGGUCAUCGUUGCCAUGACUCUGGAGAGAGCGAGGAAAGGCGAGAAUGCCGGGGUCAAGGAAGCUGCUGAUAUGUAA